CGCGAUCACAGAUUGUUCAUUAUUAAGGCGUGCUUGUUUUUGUUUACCGAUCACGUAAGAAAUGGGAGACUAUAUAAGAUUCGGUGGCAACGCAUUUCUGGCUAGAAUUUGGACAAAAUGGCCAACAGAGUGCUUUGGACGUUCCUCUUUGCCCUUACUGUCCUGCAGUCAUCGUGGUCGGCUCCCACCUUUAAAAGACUGCAGGUGGAAUUCGAUGUGGCCAACGAGAUGUUUCAGCUAAUGUCGGCCACCUUGGAAGACUUCAAAGACUUUUUUCAAAGUGUUAUCGACGAGGCCGAGCUUAUUUUACCUCCAGACUCCAAAAGCACCAUCCUUGAGAUGUGUCAGGAGCUCAUAAACGUUUUGAACACCAUGGAUAUUGAGGACUCCUUGGAAAUGGAGAGAAUGGAGGAAGCUAUGGAGGAUAUUGUGAACCUCUUUGAAUCAUUGGACAGCUCUAAGCUCAGCUCGGAGGCGGAUGAAAUUGUCGUGUCCAUUUUUGAGCAGCAUGGAGGUGAGGACAUUGAGAGGAGACUGGAGGAAAAAUUGGCAGAUGCAUUGCAGAGGAUCGAGCAGAGAUUGGCGGAUUAUAUAAGCACUUGGACCGACAGUCGGCAGGCAAGAAAUUCGGAUUUCCUAAAGUGGUUCAUGGACUUCAAAAAUGAAAAGGAUCCCUUUGAAAAACUAGAUUUACUAUAUCAAAGUGAUUUCCUUUGACUCUUAAUACGAAGUGAGAAGCUAUAAAUAUAUUAUAAUACUUUUACUAACCUGUAAUU